AUGUCAAGAGAUGACUCCAAUUAUGACAACUCGGAUGUACUGAAUUCCUCUUUCUAUUCCUCUACCUCUAUCAAUACUAUGGAUCAUGUGAAAACUUUCAGGAACUCAUUGGUAUUGGCGGAUUUGAAUGACCCUUAUUACAAUGGAAGGUUACCGGAGAGCCAGUAUUCAGAAGAUGUUGGAAGUGAUGAAAUGUUCUCACAGCCUUCGACGAAGGAUAAAGAAAUAGCUACUAUGAAAAUGAGUACUUCACCCUCUUUGAGCGCAUUGGCGGGGAUCUUAAAUGAGAAAUCGAGGCAGGCCAACGAGAAGUUACAUUCCAGCACAAUCAUUGAUUCAUCGAUUGUGGAAGAAGAUGACGACGAAAACAAUCCGAUAUCACAGACAGUGGAUGUGCCGAGCACAGGAGAAGCUUCUCCGAAUUUGUUUGAGCUGAAUGACAACGAGGAGGUUUACUGUCCACAAGUCACCCCAUCAUCUAAAUCAUACAUUUCGACGCAGCCCGAUUUCUUGAGCACACCCAAAAUUACCACCGAGUAUACUAAUGUUAAUCAGCAUUCAAAAACGCCUCAGGAUGAGUCAAGAGUGGAAUCAAGACGCGUUAUUUCAGAGGUUCCUACAAGUGGUAGCAAUUUGGCGAAAAGUGCUCUACCCACUCCUCAAAGAACAGUCUCAGCAAGUGUAACUGUAGACCAGAACUCGCACAGCAAAAAGAAGAAGAAUUUUUUUUCAUUUCUAAGAAGGAGACACACUGGAGAUAGCUUAACCAGUGAUAAUUUAAGUCCAAAGAUUCCAAACUCCACGACCUUCUCCCUGGGAAGUACAAGAUCAUCUCAGCUACCUUCGGAAAAGCUAACAAAGAAGUCAUACAGUAGUAACAAUCUUUUCAGCACAUUCAGGAAAAAUAAAGAAGUUAAGAAUGCGAAUGAGGGUAAAAAUCUCACUAACCAUGAGGUUGAACGAGCCUUUAACGAAUCAUGCCUAGCUUCGAAUGACGAGAACAAACAUGAGAGUGCUAAACCAUCUCUGCCUAAGAAAGAUAUAUCAAAAAGAAAACCGACGCCACUCAGUUAUGAGCAUCUCGAGAACAAACGAGCUUCAGACGCAAAGAAACUUGAAUCACCUAAAAUGCAACAAGGUACUGCGCUGGACGAAGAACGCUCGUUGCCAUUGCCGCCAAAACUCGAUAGCGGAGAAGCGGUCUUCCCAAAAUACCUAGACAAGCAAGAAGUAGAUUCUAUUGUGUCUUUAGAGCGCUCAAGGUCUACAAAAUCUAAUAAAAGAAGCUCAGUCGCGUCCCAUAGACGAUCCUUCACUGAUACUCUAUCCGUCAAUGCUCAGAACGAGGGUAUGUAUGUUAUGGAAGCAUCAUCAGUGGUAUUAUCGACUCCCGAUCUAGGUAAAUCACCUGCAAGUAGCAUUUUAAGAAACGGGAAGUUUGAGUCAAUGGAUUUUUCAUCUAACAACUCCAACAUUCAAGAUGACCUGAUAGAAAUGAACAAAUUAUCGAGUGAUGAGCCUCCUCUAAAACUAGAAACAAUGGAAAGCCAGCAUUUAAUGGGAUCUAUCGAAGAAAAAUUGAAAGAUCUGAUAGGUGAGCCAGAAGCAGAAGUUGAACCUAUACAGAAAGAGGCUGCUAGUAAUACAUUUGAUGAUGACCCCGAAUUCAUGUCAGAUAUCAUGGAAUUUGCCAAUAUUAUAAAUUUUGGAGACGGGGUCAAUUUCGAUUUCGACUCGACCUCUUUGGAGCCUAAGGUAGCGACCUUGGAACCGCCCUCCAUGUCCAAUCGAGAAGUUCUGUCUGAGGGUUCAGUUCAACCUACAGAGCAAACGAAUUUUGCAGCAGGUCUGGGAAUAUCAAGCAAUGUGGAACCCAAUAACGAACAGGGAGAUAAUCAUUUAGUGGAAGUCUCACCAGAAGCCCCAGUAGAAAGAGCUGAAGACGAUGAAUUUGAAAAUGAGGAUUUUAAUAACCUAUAUGAGAAUCCCCAAGAAACUCCGCGCCUGAGAGCUUACAUCCCAGAAAUUGAUAUCCAGAGACCCAUAUCAAUGUCCUUUAGGGGAUUAAAAGCCCAAGGUUUCAAUGCAUCAAUAACAGGCUCUUCGGCGACUGAAUCGCUCGUAAGAGGGGAACGCAUGAGUUUCGCCAGUGCUGAAAGAAGACCGGUCAAUAACGUGAUUUUUUCUUCCAAGAUUAUUCUCUAUGACACUUACAGUGAAGAAGAAUACGAUAGAAAACCAGAUGUCGCCACUUGCAAUCAAUUAACUCCGCAACUCGCUCAAUUGAUCAAGGCCGAAUUGAAUGAUUUAAAAAGCGAAAUGGAAGUUCAUGAAGAAUCUCGAUGCUAUACACAUUACUUUUAG